UCAGGGGGACAUUCCCCUUCUCUCCAGCUCCCUGACAGCACCGCCGAGCUGGGAUCGCGCCUAUCCCCAGCUAACAAGGAAGGAUGAGAGGACACGGCCUCAAGCUGUGCCGGGGGGAGUUUUACUUUGGAUAUGAGGACAAGAUUCCUUCACUGCGCCUUCCCCUCGUUCCUUCCCGGUGCCGCUGUGUCCCCUCAGCCCCCCCGUGUCCCCGUUCCGCCCCCGGGCCGUGCGUGUCGCGGUGGCGCCCCCCGGUGGCGCAGUGGGCGGCGCGCAUGGGGCGCGGCGCGGCGGGCUGCGCUCGGCGCUCCCGGCGGGGCAGCGCGGCCGCGGGCGGGACGCGCCGGGCCCGGGGCAGGAAUGCGGGCAGAACCCCGGACGGGGCCAAGGCGGAGCCCCCCGGGCCCGGCGCCAUCGAUCUGGGGGCGCAGAGCGGGCGCUGGGCCGCGUUCCAGGAGCGGCACCGGCUGAGCUGCGAGGAGGCGGCGCGGCUGCUGCUGGACGCGUAUGAAUACAGGGGUUUGGUGAAGCACACUGGAGGCUGUCACUGUGGAGCCGUCCGCUUUGAGGUCUGGGCUUCGGCAGAUCUGCACGUGUUUAACUGCAAGUGAGUUGGUUUGUUCCCUGUUCCCAGAGAUGAAUGUCAGCUUCUCUGCUUUUCCAACCUUAGAGCUAAAGAUGAGACA